CGUCGCUCGGCAGGACUAAAGGUGGUUUCAAUCACUGCGUCGCCGAGAGCGGCGGUCACUCCUCGCUGAGGUGCGGCGGCCACAGUCUGAAGAGCCUGGUGCUGGGGGGCAGGAGGAAGAGGGAGAACAAGGCCAGCACCUACGGGAUUAACUACAUGCUGAGCUCCUGUAACGGCAACCACUACAGCGGGACCCCCUGGAAAACCAUGAAAUACACCUCGGGGGUGCGGGGUCUGCAUGAGGAAAUCAUGGAUUUUUACAAUUUCAUGUCACCACGUCCUGAAGAGGAAGCCAUGCGUAAAGAAGUCGUGAAACGGAUAGAAUCUGUUAUCAAAGAGCUUUGGCCAUCAGCUGAUGUUCAGAUUUUUGGAAGUUUCAGUACAGGACUCUAUCUCCCAACUAGUGACAUAGACCUGGUAGUUUUUGGGAAAUGGAAGAAUCCACCUCUUCAACUGUUAGAACAAGCACUACGAAGACGCAAUGUUGCUGAACCAUAUUCUAUUAAAGUACUUGACAAAGCUACAGUGCCAAUUAUAAAGCUUACUGACCAGGAGACUGAAGUCAAAGUAGAUAUCAGUUUCAAUGUAGAAACUGGUGUGAAGGCAGCUCAGUUUAUCAAGGAAUUUAUUAAGGGUUACCCAGUGCUGCCUUACUUAAUACUGGUAUUAAAACAGUUUCUCCUUCAGAGGGAUUUAAAUGAAGUCUUUACUGGAGGAAUUAGUUCUUACAGCCUUAUUUUGAUGGCUAUUAGCUUCCUGCAGUUACAUCCAAGGAUUGAUGCCAGAGCGUCCAGCGUAGAUCUUGGCGUUCUUCUGAUAGAAUUCUUUGAACUGUAUGGUAGACAUUUUAAUUAUUUGAAAACUGGUAUCCGAAUAAGAAGCGGAGGUGCUUAUGUUGCCAAAGAUGAAAUCAUGAAGAACAUGACCAAUGGAUAUAGACCUUCCAUGUUGUGCAUUGAAGAUCCUCUGGUCCCAGGAAAUGAUGUGGGCAGGAGUUCUUAUGGAGCCAUGCAAGUCAAGCAGGUCUUCGAUUAUGCGUACAUUGUCCUCAGUCAUGCUGUGACACCAUUAGCAAGAUCUUAUCCAAACCGAGAAUCUGAGAGCACUCUUGGACGAAUAAUCAAAGUAACACAAGAGGUAAUAGAUUACAGGGAAUGGAUCAGGAAGAAAUGGGGAGUCGGAAAUAAUCUCGGAUCUUCUGCAGAUAAUGGUGUUAAAAUUGAGCCACUGGAUCAGAUGAUUGGUAACCUUAAUAGGGAACAACAACAAAGAGAUUCUGAAUCUCCUUAUAGCCAAGCAUCGCCUAUGUCCCUGUGCAGUCCACAGCAGUUCUCCUCUGCCUCAUCAUCAGCUUCUUCCCUGUCUGGAAGUGAUAUUGAUUCUGAUUCUACACCAUGCACAACUCCAAACGUUCACCAACUUAGCAUCCCAGCAUUAGCUUCUUUGAUGGCAACUUUAGCACCUACACUGCCCAUCCCAAGUGGGAAACCACAGCCAAACAUAACGAGUGCAUUGAUAGUGACUUCAAGUACUCAGGCUAGGAUUGGUAUCGCACCUACUAGCAUUGGUGUUUCAACGCACCCUGCACUUCCUUCCAGACAGGUUUGUAUAGAAGGAGCAACACUGAAUCGUGUGACAGGUUCAUAUCCUGUUCCCCUUUCUACAUAUCCUAACCCUCUGCCAAGUCCCCAUAUAUGUCACAAGCAGCACAAUAGUCCAAAAUAUUCUGUGAAGGGACUUCAUAACCAAGGCUCCAAUCUCAAUUCAGUGGGUGGCAUGAAGCAACCAGUCUUGAACAGAGGCCAUAACCAAUAUCCUCGCAGCACUUCGAAAAGGAGAAAACACACUCGGGACACUGUAAUUAGUUUAAGUAGAUAGGGGGUGUGAUUCCAUUGGAAAAUCAUCCCGUAUUCACACUAAAGUGGAAUAAUCUUGACGUCAGACUGGAAAUAAUCUUGACAUUAGACUGGAAAUAAAGACCAGCAUUUAACUGCAGUUCGUGGAUAUUGGUUCAUAUCUCCAACUGACUUUGCAUGUGUCCAAUAUGAUGAUUGGACUCCAUCCCACAGAACAUCAUCUUGUGCUAAGUAUUUGUGAAGCCUUAUUGGAUUUGGAGGUUUUGCUUCCCAUAGUUCUCAACUCACUGCUGGAACAGCUCUGGUGAUGGAUCUGCAAGAGCUUUAAGCUUUCUCCACCAACACUGCAGAUGAAAGGCACUUUCUGCAACUCUUUACAAGCAGAGGAAACUUUAGGAAUACUUUAAUCCAAGGGUCAUUUUCGUGGCUGAUCUACAUGGACAUUUUCAUGGCAAUAGUUUUUUGCCACUUCUUAGUCAUUGUUUCAUACAUAUAUCAGAACUUUUUACUCUGUACAUAUUGAACAGAUUGUAUCAUUUGUGCAAUAACUGUUUUCAGAAGUUUUUAUUUAAUUUUCAUAUGAUGUUAUUAUCACAUGUUUAAGUUAUAUUUAAGUGGAGGAGGGAAAUGUUUUGAAGUUUACAAAUCCUUUUCCGGGUUGCAUUAUCUAACUUUAUAGAGGAUUCUUAGUUUUGGCAGGUUUGAUAUUUAAGGUGAGUGUCCUAACAACAUAAGGAAUUAGUUGAGCAGUUAAGUCUCCUUGAUACACAAUGUAACGCUCCAUACUAACAGGAAGUUUUCAAAGGAGUUUAGCAUAACUGAAUCCACCUUUCUUCUGCUUUGGUCUUCAAUUGUGUUUUGGGCUGCGUUUUCUCAGGGUCUGUUAUAGUCACCUUGAAUCUCUAACUUCCAAUUUGAGUAAGAGCCAGAAACGCAAGCCUUGCUAGAGAGGCAUACUCAAAGAAAACAAACGUGUGAAUUAGCAGAGCUUUGUUUCGUGUUGGUUCACAUUUGAUGUAGAAAUGUAACCUGUUAAUGUUGGGGUCCAAAUGGCAUUUGUGAAUGAUGUUCCCAGCUAACAGAACGUGGUGGAAGGAAUUAUGUUGAUUCCAUUAAGGAAUCUGUAUACUCAUAUGCAUACGUUCUAUUAGGAGCAAAAAAGAAACAGUACUUCAUCUGCUGUGUGCAUUUGUGAGAAGUGGGUUGGUGCAGCAUUGUGGUGUACGACAGCAGUGAUCUAACACAUCAGUGUUGUUGGCACUUAAUGAAAAUUACUGAUGCAUACAGUUAGACUAUGCAAGAUUUUUUUUCACGACAACCACUGUUUUGUUACUUUUUGGAAGAGAGAAAAUUUACAGCCUGCCUAGCCCUAUGUUUUAAAGAAUGUACCGCAGUUGUCCUAGGGAUUUGUCUUGUAUAUUGCCUGAAUUAGGUUGAAAUUAAACAUGACACUGUCUCACAAAAGGGUUGUGACUCUUCUAAACAUAAAUAGAUGGAGGAAGAAGUCCAUUGUUGGUGGUGGUUAUGUUUGAUAUAAUGUUGCCAUGACAUAAAGAGAUUUGUAGAGAAAGCAUUUAGACAUUUUUUAAAUAGUUUCAACCUUUUCAGCAACACAAGGGUAUUUCAUCUCAAUGAUUUGUACGCCAAGUGUAGUGUUGAUUGCUCACUGCCAUGAUUUUAUGUUGCAUUGUAUCAACGUGUUUACUGUCUAUGUGCUCUUGUCCCAGAACAUUCCAGUAAAGUCCAUACUUUUGUCUAUGUAGCUACUGUAAUUUCAUGAAAAUAACAAGGAUAUGAAAAUGUAAUCCAAGUGCAACAAGGUUGAAUUUUGUAGGUUUAUCAGUUUGCUUUUUUUUUACAAACAAGUAGUCUGUAGAUACUUUUACUAUUAAGGUUGGAGACUACACUUUUUAAUGAGGUUUAAGUCUCCACUCUAACCCAUGAUAACUUGCAGAGAAUAUUCCCCAUGAGCUGAGUUCAGAAUUGGAUACAUCCAAUGUGUUGGCAUUAAAAAUCUAAGCUACACCAAGAAAUACAUUGAGUGUUUUAAUCACAAAACAGUGAAAUUUCAUUCAUUCCAGUUCUGCAUGCUUGCAUUCAAAAUCUACAACAAAAGCUAUGUGCCUAAAUCUUUCAAUCAUUUUAUUCUGCACAUUUUAGAAAUGAUGUGGCACAUUGUUGGAUAUCUGCCCCUUACCAGAAUACAAAUGAAAUCUAUAUCCCUAUACCAGUGCUGAAUGAUGAAUAUGUGCCCAUCAAAUUUGAGACCAUGUGUUAGCAGCUCAGUUCGUUACUGAUUGUAGUGUGAAUAUAGCAGCUCGGUGGAUCCUUAUGAUCAGUAUUCAGUAUGAACAAACACUAUUUGCCUCACCCCAAAAAAGAAGCAAUCUGCAUAAAUAUGACUUGCAAGUGAAUUAAGUUUGAAAGAUUAAUAAAGGAUAACUGCAGUCACAAAUGUUUUAUAUUCUGAGAAAACGACUCUGCAACUAGAAUGCUGCACCUUGUGGAAACACAAAUAUCUUAGCAGCACACAUUAACCAUGCAUGCCAUAUAUUGGGCAUUGCUGUUCUAGAGAGGUGUUUAUAGAAUAAUAAAUAUAUUAAUGGCUUGCAAUUCUCUGCACUUUCAUAGCUGAUGGGCACCUCACUUCUGUGUAAUGCGCAAUCCAUUUUUAGAUCAUUCACUUUUUAAAAAAAAGUACACUUGAUGAGUGACACUUAUUUAAAAGUUUGCACCUUUCAUUCCCAUAAGUCUUUGAUGGAUAUCUUAACAAGUAAACAUUUGUUCAAUUUUAAAAUGACCAUCAGAAGAUGCUGAAUUCACAAAGUUUAAGAUCGAAGAUAACUAUUUAGGUUGCAAUUUUUUUAUUUUUUCUAGGCAUAUUUAAUCUGAAGUAUAAUUUGAAAAUCUGGAGGAUUUUUGUUUGCUAGUUGUGUUGAUGACUUGAGUUAUAAGUAGAUGUGUCUGGUGAGUACUUGUAUGAAAUAAAACUACCAAAUGGAAGUGAGUGGAUAGGUUAAUUUCAUGAAAUUACAAUAGGAGGUAAUGGUUAAGUUCCAUUGGCACUUAUAAACACUGCAACACCAACCAAAACCUGAAAGAUAAAGGUGAGUUGCUUCAAUUAAUUUAAGUGAUGCAUAACAUCUAGCUGUAUAAGCUUUGGCAACAGCAGAAAAACAUUACAUUGCAAAGGUUUGGUUUAUGCAGUUAAUAUCUGAAAUGUGCUAUGUAUUUUGUGGUGCUGGAUAACCAUCUGUAUCAUGUUCAAGUUCUGUCAUGGUGAACAAUUAUUUGGCCUGACUACCACUGUGGGGUUGUGCGUUCAUGCGUACAAAAUGAAUCGUGUUUAGGACUCUGCUGGGACAACUUGUUACGGCAAGUAAAAUUUGACAUAUUUUUUAUGUAUAGUUUUCUAUUUGAUUAUUUUUAAUAAACUUAAUGAAACAAUUGUA